AAAGACAUGUCAAGUGCUCAGUUUCAAACUUUCGAUGCUGACCUCUCAUUGACAAGUCAGACUGACUGUGAAAACUCUGCACGGGAAAUUCUAACCAAGCUUCGACCAGAAUGGAAAUCACCUGAAAUAACGUUUGAGUAUUUCUCAGUCGGAAUCACGAACAAAAUAUUUUCUGCGGGAUUCGGAACCGAACACGUGAUCUUUCGUGUUUUCGGUCACAACACCAACAAGGUCAUUGAUCGGGAGAACGAGGUGAUCGCAUGGAAACAACUGGCAGAAUAUGGAUUCGCUGCUCCUCUUUAUGGAAAAUUUAAUAAUGGAUUGAUUUGCGGAUUUUUGGAGGGAAAAAGUCUAGCGAUUGAACAGAUGAGAGACUCGAAAUUUAAUAUGAACAUUGCCAAAAGAAUUGCCCAACUUCACUCUUCCGUUCCAACCAAUGGAAAAACUCCAGUGUUUGAAAAAAUGCGAACAUUUUUACAACAGCUGAAUCCGUCAUUUGAAAAAGAAAGCCAACAGAAUUUUUUCCACGAGAACUUUCCAACUGAUCUAGGAGCAGAAAUUUCCAAAAUUGAAAAGAUGAUCGUAAUGCUAAAAGAGCCAAUUGUAUUCUGUCAUAACGACCUUCUUGUGCACAACAUUGUGUAUGACAGUGAGAAGAAAUCAAUCGAAUUUAUUGACUAUGAAUAUGCAUUCCCAAAUUAUGCUCUAUACGACAUUGCCAAUCACUUUUGUGAAUAUGCAGGCGUCGAAGGAUCUCCUGACUACUCAAAAUGUUUGACAAAAGACGAGAAGUGGGCAUUUAUCAACGACUAUUUACGUUUUUCAAAUGGAAAAGAGCACUCUGACACCCGAAUUGCUACAAUGUUCAAGAACUUGCUAUUGUUUGAAGCAGCCGCCCAUCUUUUCUGGGCUGUGUGGGCACUUGUCCAAGCACAGAAUUCAACGAUUGACUUUGAUUAUUUAACGUUAGGUUUUGCAAACAUUUAAAAAAUACUAACUGUAAAUUGUAAUUAUUAAAAUGAGUAUGCAACACAAACACUGUCGUUAUAAAACGUUUUGAGAAAUUUCCCAAAAAAAGUUGCGACCGUUCAAAGUGUUGGAAAAAGGCGUAUUUUACAGCUAAAAUCUCUGGUAGAAUUUGAAAUUUUAUCUGAAUAUAAGUUUUUUCUCCAAAAUUUUUAAAUUUUUUUGAGAAAUUUUCAGAACAUCGGUAGUUUUGGGCAAUUCUAAGUCUAAAAAAAAUGCGAAGUCUUCGAUUUUGGUAAUCCACAAUUACUUUCAAUAAUUUCAGUCAAUUAAAGAGACAAUUUUCAGGUACGCUCACGCUCGAUAUCAACAAUAUCAAAAACGUCUUCAUAAGUACAUAUCGAAAAUUGAACAUUGAUUAAGUUUACAAAAAAAAUUAUGUUUCUGUUUUAUUUGUGACCCAAUCUUGUGAUUUCUUAAAACUUUUUAUUAUGUUUAGUAGAAAUGAAUACUGAAAUUUU